AUGCGUCGCGCAGGCAAGGGCUACGACAAAGUUGUUUACAUCAUCACGAAAGGUCGUGAUAUCCACCUCGUCACGAAAGAUGCUCAAGAUUCCCACCAACUCUUGGUCGCGAUGAAGAAGAAGAUUCCACCUUCUUUCGGACUCGGCUCAACCGCCACGUGCCAAGGAUUGAUUCAACAGCAGUACAUGCUCAAGAUCGGCGGAUAUCCUCAGAAGCACUGUGAUACCAUGAUCGACGCUGCCGCGGACGCCAAGAAAGAACUCGAGGCACACUUCAAGCUGAAGCCAGGUCAGAUUGAGGCAUGCACCCCCUGGGGUCAUAGCGAUUUGACCCUGACUACCAAUGAUCUGGACGUGCUUGCCAAGUUCUCGGAUCAGACGAAAGAAUUCACCCAGGAUUUGAUCGUCAAUGGUUCUGGCCACGAUGUCAAGCCUACCACGGAGGCAGUUCGGCGCAGACAAUGCUACAAUUGCCAAGGCUUCAAACACGAGUCAACGGGUACCCGACGACAGCACUGUGAAGCGAAACCAGCCUGCUCACGCUGCGCUGGACCACACAUCAAAGGCAAGUGCAGUGUCAAGCCCUGGGAAGACGACAACAAGCUUUGCACGAAUUGCGUCAAGUUCAACGAAACAGCGACGAAAGAGCAGAAGCUGAGCACUCGCCACGAGGCCACCAACAUCCCGCGAUGCAGACAUCCUGAUGCGAUCGAAGAACACAACCGGAUACAGAAGGAACUCGCACGUAUCGACAACGGGGAGGUGCACUGGCUGGAGGUGUUGAAGGCCCAGGAGAAGAAGCCGGUGCAGAAGCGAAAGGCUCCACUGGACAAUCAACUAGGUCCAACACCCCGGAAGCGACGUUCCAACGCCACCUCCAAUCAAGCCGGAGGCCAUACCGAACCCGAGGCAGGGGAAGGCUCUAGCCGGUCACCCAUCGAUGAUCCUGCUGCCGCACCGCGCCAUACAACACCGACUACUGGAGAGACUGGGAGAGUAUCAGUGGACGACGUGCUCCACGAUUACUCCGACGACAGCGUCUCGGGUGAAAGCGACUUCUCUUCGCCCAUUCGAGGCCCAUGGGAAGACAACAACGACGACAACAACGACGACAACAACGACGACAACAACGACGACAACAACGACGACGACGACGACGACGCCGGGACCGAAACCGAAGCCGACGACGAAGAAGUAUUUGGAGAUGAAUAUGAUGAGAAUGACGAUGAAGAGAACAAUGGAGAGGACAAUGGACAAUAUGAAGACGAGGACGGAGAAGAUGACGACGACGACGACGAUGAUGCCGUGGUGUCUCGCAAUUCCGACCGCAGGCCUCGUCCAAGUCCGUCCGGGAUUAGGGCCGUCAAUCAUCACCUGGCGGCGGCGCAAUCGGGCUUCCGCUAUGAGGUGUAG